UCAGAAGAAAAUAUAUGUCCUCUCUUUUCAGUAUGUCAACCUCUCCAAGUAUUCAUGCUUCCUGUUCCUGCUCAGAUAAAGGAAAACAGCCAGCCGAACCAUGUGGAUCUUUGCAUAAACCUGCAUCAGAAGGUGAUGGGGAAGGGGCAAAAGAUAUCAUGGAGAAAGAUGAAAUUAUUGUAGGUGCUAGUAUUUCAAAAGGAUCGUCUACCGCACUUCAUGUUGUAGCUGGAGUGCGACAUGCUGACUUUGUCAAGAAGUUGGUGACAUUGGUUGAUGAUAUUAAUGACAAACCAGCAACUUCAGGAGAAGACCUGCGUAAUGAAUUUUUCACUUGCAUCAAAACUGGGGUUGAUGGUGCAACACGUCACAAGCCAUCUCGAAACGAAUCACUAGCAAGGAAAGGAAGGCCGCCUCUCCGCUUACCUAUCACAGCAGAAGACCGAAGAUUACGUGGACCUCUGUACGAGGCCGCCCUAGAAGGUGAUUGGGAAAGGGCAGAAGAGAUCAUCAAGAAAAACCCAACUAUUGUAGGGGCAAGUAUCGCAAAAGGAUCGUACACUGCACUUCACGUUGCAGCCGGAGCGCGACGGGUUGACUUUGUAGAGAAGUUGUUGACAUUCAUUAAUGACGAAAUUAAACUUCCCUCAAAUUACCUAAUAAAUGACUUAAAACUGCAAGUCGAGAAUGAAGGAGCCAAUGAUGCUGCUUUGUACUUAAGACAUGUCCUACGUCUGCAAGACGAAACAGGCAAUACUGCUCUGUGUCUGGCUGCUGCUGCUGGAUCUGAAAAAAUUGCUGAAAUUAUGAUAGGAAAAGAUCAAGACCUGCCAAACCAACCCGGUAGUGGGGGAAUGAGGCCACUCUAUUUCGCUGCUUUGUUUGGACACCAGGAAAUGGCAACAUGUCUGUUCAAAUUAUACAAGCCUCCACCAGGACUUUCAGGAGAAGAGUCAGAACAAGAACUGCUUGGGGUAUUUUUCAGUUGCAUAAAAACUGGUCUCUACGGUUUAGCCUCCGAAAUAUUCCGAAAAAAGGACAACUUUGCUUCAAAACGUGAUAAUGAUCGUAAGACAGCCUUGCAUUUGCUGGCUAAAAAGCCAUCCGCAUUCAAUGCUAAAAAUCCAGCCGAUGAAUUAGUCAACAACCUCUGGAAUAAAGUUGGAGAAGAAAAAAACCCUGAAACAUUCAUAGCCCUAUAUACAGAUCCUUCGCAUCUGCUGUUUGACGCAGUGGAAUCAGGAAAUUCUAAGUUUGUAACUCUGCUUCUUGAAGCUUGUCCAGCUUUGAUAUGGGAUACAAAUGACAAAAAUUGGAGCAUAAUACAUGCAGCAGUAAAGCAUCGUGAUGAGAGUGUCUUCAGUAAGAUAUAUGAGAUAGGUCUGAUCAAGGAUAUCAUAGCCGCCUCCAAAGAUAACAAAAAUGGUAAUACUUUACUUCAUUUAGCUGCAGAAUUAGCUCCGGAGAGUCGGUUGAAUGAGCUACCUGGAGCAGCUUUUCAAAUCCAGCGGGAAUUAGUAUGGUUUGAGGAGGUGAAGAAGGUUAUGCAACCUUCGUAUAAAGAGAUGAAAAAUAAAUACGACAAAACAGCUGACGAACUGUUCACUUCUGAGCAUAGUGACUUACUAAAAGAAGGACGAAAAUGGAUGAAUGGGACAGCACGGUCGUGUACAAUCGUGUCAACCCUCAUCGCUGGUGCUUUAUUUUCAGCAGGAAUUACUGUUUCGCUUGGGGGAGCUCAUGAUUUUAAAAAAGCCUCAUUUCAGAUUUUCAUCAUAUCAGAUGCGAUAGCGUUUUUGUUGGCUUUGGGUGCAAUAUUGAUGUUCUUGGCUAUCCUCACCUCAACGUAUGCCGAACGAGAUUUUCGCCAAGACUUGCCCAAUAAGUUGAUAGGCGGCGUCAUAUUGCUUUUGUUUUCCAUUAUAGCGAUGAUGGUGGCAUUGAGCGCGGCUUUUUUUAUUGCUUACGGGAAAUACUACCUACCUAUUUUGGUAACUCUAUGUGCAGCUCUGCCAGUGAUUCUCUAUGUGGUUCAGAUUGUUCCCCUUUUCAGCCUCUUUCGCCAAAAGAAAUUUGGAGACGUAAAGAGAGAGAGAAAGAAAGGAAGUCCUUUCACCCUCGUUUGGCAAAAGAAAUUUGGAGAAGCAAAGGGAAAGGAAAGAAAGGAAGUAGAGCAGAAAUUGAAAAAGGCAGAAGCAACCUCACCCCUUGAACCUUAAUUAGGUUUAAGUUGCAAUUGUUGGGCUCUUGUGUGUGGUUUAUAUAUAAUGUAUUUUGAAAAUUCUUUAUUUGAUCUUGAGCGUGAAAACAGUGAAGUGAACAUCAAUUUUAUGUUGUUUGUACAACAUCCGUUUAUUUGAAGUCAAGCAUGUUUGACUUGUUAAAAGUGCGA